CGGGCAGCAGCAGAGGCGGCGGCGGUGAGCGACACUCCGCACGAUUUCAUCGGGGGCGAAAGCACCGGUGGAAGGAAGCGACGUCGGGCACGAGCGACCGGAGCGAGUCCGGCGAAAACGCAAAUUAUGUAAAUGACGCCGGACGUGAAGGCAACUGAGGACAGAGCAGAGCGGCUCAAUCCAAAAUGGCGAACAUCGACAAGGUGGAAGAGGAGAUCUACGACAAGGUCGUGGACCUGACGGAGUACGCCAAACGUCAGCGAUGGUGGAACCGCCUGUUCGGGAAGAACUCCGGGCCGGUGGCGGAGAAGUACUCCGUGGCCACACAGAUCGCCAUCGGGGGAGUGAGUGGGUGGUGUGUAGGAUAUCUCUUCCAGAAGGUUGGAAAAGUUGCCGCGACAUCCGUAGGAGGAGGUCUCCUGCUGUUGCAGAUUGCUAACAACACCGGCUACAUCCAGGUGGACUGGAAGAGAGUAGAGAAGGAUGUGAACAAAGCUAAGAAGCAGCUUAAGAAGGGCACCAAGCAGGCGGGCCCCGAGCUCAACACGUUUGUAGAUAAGUCGACAGAGUUUGUGAAGAAGAACAUUGUCGUCACCAGCGGUUUCAUCGGAGGCUUCCUGCUCGGCCUGGCGUCUUAGGACCUGACCAACAGGAAGCGUCUCUUUAUUUCUCUCUGUACGUUGAACCGAAAGGAUUAAAGUAUAAUUCAUAACUGGAUGGGUUUUUAAAAAAUGUUUUGACAUCAAGCAACCUCCUACAGCUUAGCUUUGUGUGUCUACAUAAGCUGCACAUUAUAUUGACUUAUGUCCAUCGUGAAAAACUCCACUUUAAUGGCCAAAUAAUGAGACAUAUGGAAAAUGAAUUUUAGAUGUUAUUUAUUCUUUUUUUUACCAAGCUGAUAUUGUACCACAAGGAAACAUUACAUCACGGCAAAUCCUGUUUCCAUGCACCAUGAAAACUAAGUGCAAGUAAAUUCACCUUCUCGUGCCCAAAAGAAUCUUCUUCUUCUCUCGAUGCUGGUGUUCACACUUCAUAAUCAAUCAUCCUCAGGCUAAAACUUUUGUUCUUCAAGUGCUGGUAGAUUGUUAUGCCUUUUGGGUUAUGUUAGCCUCCCUGCAUCUUUUUUUUUAAUAAUGUUUUUGGUUUAGCCAUAUACUUGUUGUUUUGUGUUGUGAAAGCUGCGGUUGGUCUUCGAUGUGUGUUCGAUGAACACAUAAGAAAUAAAAUGUAAAAAAAUAUA